AACACCACAACCCCUGUUUUGACAAUAGCACCUGUGCGCCUGCCCAGACACGCGUUUGCUCCUGGAGAGGGAGGUGAGGGAUGCUCCUUCACCCCCGCAUCCGCCUUCCAUUCAGCCCCAGUCCACGCGAGGAGCACGGCACCCCCUCACUGACGCGCCUCCUCAUAAGUACUUCCAGUGAGGGAGAGGCAGAUGCAGGUAUUAACGGGAGGUGGGGCGGGAAGCGCGGAGACCGCCGUCCACCGGGACGCAGACAGGACUUAAAAGGAAAGGAGCGACGCGCAUCGGAUAGACUUUCUUAGCCUUUUAAGAAAACGCCUUUUUCUUCUUCUUCUUCUUCUUCCCGCCCCUUUAACGCAGGUGUAGCUUCUCAACCCACCUCCCCUUAAGAGAAAAAAAAUCUACAACCCAUCCAAGUCUCGCACGCGCGCUGCACCCUUCUCAACCCAGCAGGCAGGAAGGCAUGCUCGGGCUCCGGUGUGCCAGGAACAGGGGCGCGUUGAACGCAUCGCGGUGCGUCUCCUUUGUGCGCGGCGUGGCACCGCCGUUGUGAAGGAUGCCCGGUCUGCAGCCAGCGCUGAUGACUUAAACCUGCCAGCACUCCACAAACAGAAGACUUAACGAUUACCAUGGCUGACCAGUACAGUAUGUUUCUCACGACGGCGCCGCCCCUUCGACGAGGGAGCACCCCUCUGCCCGUCAAACACCAGCUACGGAGGGAAGAAGCCGUGUCUGACGACUGCGACUGGAUCCCGGGCUUGGAAGAACCUACCACGUUGCCUAUCAGUGACACGACGGUGCCUCGGGUUGAGUCUUUCAGCCAGUCGGCGGCAUCCCAGCCAGCUUAUCAAAGCUCCGGAGGGGCACUAAAGAUAGUACUGCUGGGACAGAACGGCGUGGGCAAGUCUUCGCUUGCCUUAUCCCUGGCUGGACAGUCGGACCGAUCCCUCUCUAUAGACUCUGAGACACAAGCUUGUGGUGAGGGCUACGAGUGCACGGUGACAGUGGAUGACGAGGACAGUAAAGUUAUCAUUUAUGACAACUGGAAACAGGACCUGUCAACGAUGCCAUGCGAUGUGUGUAUCCUGGUGUUCUCAGUGACCGACAGGAGGAGUUUCCACCGCACGGCCCAGCUCCGCCUCCUUCUCAGGGAGUCCCAGCCACAAACACCAAUCAUUCUCGUGGGCAACAAGAGUGACCUGGUCCGGUCCAGAGAAAUCAGUUCAGAAGAGGCCCAGUCCAGCGCCAUGAUGUUCGACUGCGUCUACCUGGAGCUCUCGGCUUCUUUGGACCACGGCACCAACGAGCUGCUGGAGGCGGCGGUGCGGACGGCCAGAGGGGACUGUGUGGGUCCCGGUUGGAUGGACGGCGACCCGGGAGCUGGACGCAGAGAGAGUCUGACGAGCCGGGCCAAGCGCUUCCUGGCCGGCCUGGUGCCCCGAUCGUACGGCCGGGACCGCGAUCGGGGCCGCUACAGGGAAAUGAGCCGGCACCGGGGAAGCAAGAUCUUCCGUCAGAAAUCCCGCUCCUGCCACGACCUCAGCGCACUGUGACACACUCACAACUGCAUUCACAGGGGAAAUACAAAAACACAACACACACCCUCCAUAUGAACACACAAAAACUCACACACGACAGGAAUAACAGAGAUGGAGAUACAAUGGACAUGGUGUGCAUGAUGGUAAAAGAAACUUUGAUGAGAUAUUUGAAGGUCAAGAGAAGAAAAAAAAGGGAGAUAUGGAAGCGCCGGGAUCAGCGAGGCAAUUUCCAGACCCAGACAUAGGAGCGGAUAAGAAGCCUGAUUGGCCGCUCCAGCUUGGCUGAAUCACUCAUUACUCCUAGAGAUGGGCCGAAAGAAAAUCAUCAAGGUACCGAUUUAAUACCUAACUGGAGGGACGAUGAAGUCACCCAAACAAAUACUGAAACACACAUCCACGUAGCACGCACGAAGAACUUAGAGACUGAUAGCAAUUUAAUGUAUUCUAGACCUUGUUUUAUAGCAUGCGUAGUAGACGAUCUAAAACCCUGUAGGUUUUUACAGUCACAUGACCCUUGAUUUACAGUACCUCAGUGGCCGAUAGCAAAUGCAAAGUCUUGCUAGUGUUAUGAGUAAUGUCAUAACAAAAGGCAAGACUGUUUAUUUUUAAAAUGUCCGUUUAUGUCCCACACUGCUUGAUAAUGCCAUACAGUAUGUUCAUCUGCAACUUUUAUAAAAGGUUAACCUUUAUAUUGUGUUCGGGUCCAAACUGACCCAUUUUGGGUCAGUUUGGACCCGAACACAGUAAGAGUAUAGAAUGUUCAUUUGCGACUUUUAUAGAAGGGUAACCCUUAUAUUGUGUUCAGGUCAAAAUCGAUCAGUUUCAGGUUGAUUUUGACCCAAACACAAUAUUGUUUUCAGCUCUAAAUGGACUAAUUUUGUGUUAGUUUUGGCCAUAACACAAUAUAAUUACUGUAUGUUCAUAUGUGACUUUUAUAUAAGAUCAAUCCUUUUAUUGUGUUCAGGUCCAAAUUGACCCAUUUUUGGUCAGUUUGGACCCAAACACAUUAUGAGUCCAGUAUGUGAGUACAGUAUGGCUAUGUCCGAGUUUUAUAAAAGAUUAACCCUUAAAUUGUGUUCGGUUUUAAAUUAAUCAGUUUUGGGUAAAUUUUUUUCCAAACACAAUAUUGUGUUCAGGUCCAAAUUGACCCAUUUUAGGUUGAUUUUGACCCAAAAACGUUGUGAGUACAGUAUGCGAGUACAGUAUGUGAGUACAGUAUGUUCAUCCGCGACUUUUAUGGAAGGUUAACCAUUAUAUUGUGUUAAGGUCGAAAUUGACCCUUUUCGGGUCAAUUUUGAUACCAACAGAAUAUUGUGUUUAGGUCCAAAUUGACCCGUUUCGGGUUGAUUUUGAUCCAAACACAAUAUUAUGGUCGGGUCCGAAUUGACCCGGUUCAGGUUGAUUUUGAUCCAGAUACAAUAUUGUGUUCGGGUCCAAAUUGACCCGUUUCAGGUUGAUUUUGAUCCAAACACAAUAUUAUGGUCGGGUCCAAAUUGACCCGUUUCAGGUUGAUUUUGAUCCCAACACAAUAUUAUGGUCGGGUCCAAAUUGACCCAUUUCAGGUUGAUUUUGAUCCAAACACAAUAUUGUGUUGGGGUCUGAAUUGACCCAGUCAGUUUUGACCCAAACAUAGUAUGAAAACAGUAUGUUCAUCUGUGUCUUUUAUAGAAGAUUAAUUCUUAUAUUUUUCGGGUCUAAAUUGACCCAUUUUGGCCAAACACAAUAUGAGUACAGCACAUGAGUACAGUAUGUUCAUCUGCAGCUUCUAUAGAAGGUAACCUUUAUAGUGUUUGGGUCCAAAUGGAUCAGUUUUGACCCAAACACAGUAUGAGUACAGUUUGUGAGAACAGUAUGUUGAUCUGCGACUUUUACAGAAGGUUAACCGUUGAAUUGUUUUUGGGUCCAAAUUGACCCAUUUUGGGUCGGUUUUGACUAAAAGGGGUCAACCGAACACAGCAUGAGUACAGUUUGUUCAUUUGACUUUUACAUAAGAUUAAACCCAAACGGGUCAAUUUGGACCCAAACACAACAUUUUGUGUUGACACGUUUCGGGUCAAUUUUGACCCGAGCCCAAUAUAAGGGUUAAGUCAUCACCCAAGCCAUAUUUUUUUGCUGAUUGCACCACAAGCAAUCAGCAGAGUGAACCCUUUACUUCAGAUGGACGGAAAACAGGAUGAAGGGAGAUGAUAUCAGAGACUGAACUCCCUUUUUUUUUCAAAUGAAACCGGGUCAUGAUGACCCUCUCCAGGUACGGGAGGACAACCAGGAAAAAAAACCCUAUCUACCUGUGGCUGCUUGGUCUUCUUUCGUUUUGUUUUGCGUGUUUUCCCUAAAUUCUCAGACUUUUUAUCGUGUGGGAGGGCUGGUCUGACAUGUGACCAUGAAGAAGGACGUUCUGGAACUGUUUCCUUUAUGUCAUGGAGCGCGCCGCCACAUCCACAUCCUGACUGGAUCGUCACUGUCUGCACUCUCUUCUUCACCACUGAGAAUAAAUGCAUUUUUGUUUGGCAUCUCUACAAGACUGUCGUCAUCUCUUUUGUUUGUGAACAGGAUUAAAGGAUGGCGUGAGAAACAUUA